AUGGAUUCAUCUCACCGAUUAUUCAACAGAGAAAGAACUCUUCAUCAGAUCCUUGGAGCUGGUCAAGUUGCAGACUUGAUACUAUGGAGAAGGAAGAAUCAAACUGUGAUGAUAUUGUUGGUGACAUUAGCUGCAUUUGUUGUGUUUGAGAGAUCUGGUUAUACACUUUUGUCUCUUGUUUCUAGUGUUCUUCUCCUUCUUGUUGUUAUUCUUUUUCUUUGGGCUAAAUCAGCAGCAAUUCUCAAUAGACCUGCUCCACCUCUACCACAGUUGCAUCUGUCAGAUGAAAUCACAAAUGAAAUGGCAGCUUUUAUCCAAACCAGAGUUAAUAAUCUGUUUUCAGUUUCUCAUGAUAUCGCCCUCGGUAAGGACUCAAGGCUGUUUCUGAAAGUAGCUGCAUACCUAUGGUUAAUUUCUGUUGUUGGCGGUUUCACUGAUUUUCUUACCUUGGCAUACACCAGUCUCUUUAUUCUUCUUACUUUACCUGCACUCUAUGAAAGAUAUGAAGAUUACAUUGAUAGAUUUAUUUUGAAGUGCUACACCAAAUUAUGCCAGUUGUAUAGGAAAAUAAAUGAGGAAUAUAUCAGCAGAGUCCAAUACUGGAUUCUGGAGAAGAAAAAGCUUAGCUGA